GUGUGCAAUUUCACAGCUUCGUAGACGUUGACUUCACCCGAAGGCAGUCGGAAUUAGCCUCUCUCCCGGAUGUUGUGCCUUCGAACACUAACCCUAUGCCGAUGAGUCAGUUCCCUGGUGCUCUCUCGACGAGAGAAGGCAUGUUCCUCCCAGAAACCAAUAUGAAGCAACAAUACCAUCCAUCUAUAAUGAACAACUGGGUUGAAAGCACUUCUAACCCUAUGAACAAGCACCCAUCUACUCAUGAAUCCCAAAAUCCUUCUCGCUACCACACCUACCCUUCACCACUCAAUCAUCCAAUAGUCCCGAGUUUGAACGACCUUAUGAUGGGCUUUGAAAAUGAGAUCCUGUCCGAUUAUGCUGAUGUCAAAGACCUCCCGUCGAUGAUGGGAGCACAACCUGCAACUUUGACAGAACCGAACCGUAGUGAAACUUCCGCUAUACAAACUUCAGAGCCUUGGUCUAAUGUGCAGCCAAAGUUUGGGUGUCUAAAAGAAUUCGAGGUAGGAGAGGGAUCCACCGACAGCCGCUCGUCGAAGCCUUCUGAACCGGCAGUUAGGUUCACUUGUCGCAAACAAGCGAGGGCUGCUGGUUCAACAAUCGGCUCCACCAGCCAACAACACCCCCAACAACAGAGGGAGGGUGUGCCACCACCAGUGGCUGCUGGAUUAACAAUCGGCUCCAGUAGCCAACAACCCCCCGAACAACAGAGGAAGAGAGUGCCACCAGUGCCACUGGCGGAAGAGACGACUGAUUCGGAAGAGACCGAGGACGACGAGAGUUAUGAUGGCCGGACUCAUAGCCUCAACAGGGGGAAGCACGGGCCCUACGCAUGCCCCAGGUGUAAUGCAGUGUUUGGAUACUCCCAAGCGUUUGCCUCUCAUGUCCAAUCGUCGCACUAUCGGAACGAGACUAUUGAUGAGAGGAUGAAGAGGCUGGCUGCCAAAUACAAGAAGAAGGGCCUCAAGCUCGUGCGAUCUCAUUACGGGGUCACCAUCAUGCCAAAGUCUUCUCUGGGUCCAGGGUCCAAGACUAAUAAGGCCAGAGACAAGAAAACCUAUAUGGGUCCAAAGCCAGGAAUCAACAUUAAGGAGGAGGAGAAAAGAGAAUUCCUGAAUAAACCAAUUGCUGCCACUCCCAUUAGGAUUGUUCCUCCUCCUGGGAUGCCGUAUCCCCCUCCCCCUCCGAAUCCGGAGAUGCCGCACUCGGCUGCCAUGGCCUCUAAUCCCAUAGUGAAGGCAGAGGUUGAAAACUGAUGACUGGUCUGCCAAUGCAGGAUUUUUCAAGAGUCUGAGCGUAGUGAAGAUAUGGUCACCAAGAAAUAAAUAAAUAUGCUUUCAAUAUAUAUAUAUAUAUAUAUAUAAUAUUUUUGUGUUUCAUUGCUGUUUGUGUUAAGAGUCCUAAUGUCUUUGUUCUGUUCGAUCAAUAAGCUUAUGUGUAGAACUAUCAUCCUUUUUUUUCCAUUAUGGUAUCAACUUCUCUAUG